AAUAUAGAUUAACAGUCGUUAAAUCGCGAAAAUUUUACCAGCAAUUCAGAUAGGAAAAUAUAUUUGUUUCAGUAUCCCAAGUUUUGAUUUUUUAAUAAAAAAAAAUAACAAAAAGUCAAAUAUAACUUCAUCUAAUUUUUUACACACAAUACAUACAUGAUCUAAUAAUAUUUCUCUUGAUCUUUUUCUUGUUCUAAUGUUCAUAUCAUUAGCAUUAUCAUCAUCAAUAAUAUUUGUCGGGGGAUUAUCUAUGGAUGACAUCGUCAUUUCGUUUUCCUCGCUCAUUAUUCUUUUAUCUACAUCACACUUUUUUUCUUCUGCGAAUCUUCCAUCGGUCAAAUUAAUUUCUGUUGCUAUUGUUCCCAAUUCUAACAGUAUCAAUCACACAAUAUCUGGUACCUCUAAAAUUAAAAUAUCCUUUCUGAAUACGACCUUCGUUAACUGUUUACUCAUUUUCCCCGAAAUUUUGAGUGUCAGUUAUCACUGCACAAAGCAGAUUUACCACACCACAACCAACGUUGCCAAUUUCCUAACCAUAAUAAAUCAAGAGCAUUUACUUUGGAAAUAAAAUUACAAGUACCAUGAAAAUGCACUCUAAUAAAACUCUUCGGGUAAUUGGACCUAGAACAUACAUUAAUAGAA